CCUUUUCACCAGGAAGUGGGAGGCUCUCAGGCUAAUGCAUGUUUUGACAAUGAUGGAGGAUGAAGAAUUUGAAUUUACUGAUGAUCUGGAGGAAAUUUUGCAUCUCACCCCAGAAGUACAACUAGCGAUUGAACAGGUGUUUCCAAGUCAAGAUCCACUUGAUAAAGCAGACUUCAACGCAGUAGAAUAUAUCAACACAUUGUUUCCCACCGAGCAGUCCAUUGCUAAUAUCGAUGAUGUGGUAAACAAGAUACGUCUGAAAAUAAGGCGCCUUGAUGACAACAUCAGGACAGUGGUGAGAGGUCAAACCAAUGUUGGGCAGGAUGGGAGGCAGGCUUUGGAACAGGCCCAGGUAGCAAUUCAGCAGCUUUUUGGAAAAAUCAAAGACAUCAAGGACAAGGCAGAGAAGUCUGAACAAAUGGUCAAGGAGAUUACUCGGGACAUAAAGCAGUUGGACCAUGCCAAGCGCCACCUCACUACAUCCAUCACCACACUGAACCACCUGCACAUGUUAGUUGGUGGUGUGGACUCUUUAGAGGCGAUGACCAGAAGAAGGCAGUACGGUGAGGUGGCCAAUCUCCUGCAAGGAGUGGUAAACGUACUUGAGCACUUCCACAAGUAUAUGGGCAUACCACAGAUCAGGCAGCUUUCUGAGAGAGUAAAAGCAGCACAGAGUGAGUUGGGCACUCAGAUCCUGGCAGAUUUUGAAGAAGCCUUCCCGUCCCAGGGCUCCAAGAGGCCGGGUGGACCAAGCAACGUGUUGCGAGAUGCCUGUUUGGUUGCAAAUGUUCUUGACCUACGCAUCAAACAGGAGAUAAUCAAAAAGUUCAUCCGGCAGCAUCUCUCUGAGUACCUUGUGCUGUUUCAGGAAAACCAAGAUGUUGCAUGGCUAGACAAGAUUGAUCGCCGUUAUGCCUGGAUCAAGCGGCAACUCGUAGACUAUGAAGAAAAAUAUGGACGCAUGUUUCCAGAGGAGUGGUGCAUGACAGAACGCAUUGCAGUGGAAUUCUGCCACAUCACCAGAGCGGAGCUUUCCAAAGUAAUGAGAACACGAGCCAAGGAGAUUGAAGUGAAGCUGCUUCUGUUUGCCAUUCAAAGGACUACGAACUUCGAAGGUCUGCUGGCAAAACGGUUUACAGGAUGCACAUUAACUGAUGUCCCUGUGAAGAGGCCAGAGAGCCCUUUGGACCCUUCAAAUCCUUUCUUGGAGGACGAUCAAGGUGAAGAUGAGGAUACUGAGAAAGAUGACAAGGAUGAGGAUCUGGCAAAGCCCAGAAAGUCCAAGGCUCCUGAGAAUCCUUUCCAUGGCAUCGUCUCAAAGUGCUUUGAGCCUCAUCUUUAUGUCUACAUAGAAUCUCAAGACAAGAACCUUGGCGAAUUGAUAGACAGAUUUGUGGCUGACUUCCGAGCAUUGGGGCCACCCAAGGUUGCCACAGACGAGGGUGGCGCUGUUCUGCCAAGCUGUGCUGACCUCUUUGUCUAUUACAAGAAGUGCAUGGUCCAGUGCUCCCAGCUGAGCACUGGGGAGCCCAUGAUUGCCCUCACAACCAUCUUUCAGAAAUUCCUGCGGGAAUAUGCUUGGAAGAUACUCUCAGGCAACCUGCCUAAGUCGGCCAGUAACAGUGGUGUUCUGACGAUCAGUAGCCUGCUGAAAGAGAAAGAAGGCUCGGAAACGGCCAAAUUCACCGUUGAUGAGUUGUGCCUCAUCUGUAGCAUCCUUAGCACUGCCGAGUACUGCCUUGCUACCACUCAACAGCUUGAAGAGAAACUAAAAGAGAAAGUGGAUAAAAUUCUGGUGGAGAGAAUUAAUUUGACUGGAGAGAUGGAUACAUUCAGCACGGUGAUCUCUAAUAGUAUCCAGCUACUUGUUCAGGAUCUCGAUGCUGCCUGUGACCCAGCUCUCACUGCAAUGAGCAAGAUGCCAUGGCAGAAUGUGGAACAUGUCGGUGACCAGAGUCCCUAUGUAACUUCAAUCAUCAUGCACAUAAAACAAAAUGUGCCGAUCAUCAGGGACAAUUUGGCUUCCACACGCAAAUACUUCACACAGUUCUGCAUCAAAUUCACAAACUCUUUCAUCCCCAAAUUUAUCAACCACUUGUUCAGAUGCAAGCCUAUCAGCACGGUGGGAGCGGAACAACUGCUCCUGGACACACACUCCUUGAAGACCGUCCUGCUAGAUUUGCCGUCCAUAGGUUCCCAGGUACUUCGCAAGGCACCAGCUAGCUACACCAAGAUCGUGGUGAAGGGUAUGACACGUGCCGAGAUGAUACUAAAGGUGGUUAUGGCCCCACAUGAACCGCCUGUAGUAUUCGUGGAUAACUACAUCAAGCUUUUGGCUGAUGGCAAUCCUGAAACAUUCCAGAAAAUACUUGACAUGAAGGGUUUAAAACGUGGUGAGCAGAGCAGCAUGCUGGAGCUCUUCAGGCAGCGGUUGCCCACACCGCCCUCCGGGGCCGACAGCAGCAGCUCCUUGUCUUUCAGUGCCCCCACCCCUGAGCAGGAAUCUUCCCGCAUAAGCAAGCUAGAGAAACUUAUCAAGAAGAGACUGUGAAGGAAACGCACUUCAAGAGUCUACGUGCUGUGACUGGCCUUUAACUCUCAAUUAUUAAUCUCACAAAAUGUCAUUCUGCUCCAUUGAAUUAUUGUUAAAAACAAAAGAGAUGACUUAAUUUUCCAUCACACCAAAAAAUGAACCCAAGAUCAUGGUGAGUUGUGAAGAAACUUCCUCAGAGGUGAUUUAGCCUUGAAGAUCAUAGUGAGUUGUGAAGAAACUUCCUCAGAGGGGAUUUAGCCUUGAAACAACCCUAUUUUUGAAUGUGCAAUUUCCUUCGUGUUUAUGCAAAUGCUAAUGCUUAGAUUGGUAAAUAAUAAUGAGUUGCAACAUUAGUUAUUGUAUUCUGUCUAGUACAGAUAAUUUGACCUAAAUUAAAUGCCGUUUUCUUAGUAUGAUAAAGGACUGUGCCUGGAAGGCCUCAUUGCAAAUCAGUAUAUUGAUUGAAAAAUAUAUACAUUUCUCUUUCAUAUUUUUAUGAACAGGAGAAUAAAAAUAAUAACCCCCUUGAUUAGGUCUCCUAGAUGUUAUUCGGUUUACUCUGUUAGACAUAACAGGCAGGUACACCGGCAAUCAAUUCACUUGCACACGUGGUAUCUAGUUGAUAGUCACGACAGAUCAUUUAAUGUAAUCUCUAAAAUCCCAACAAUGCCAUUGUAAAAUAAUAGAUGGUUGAAAAACAUUUAUUAAAAUAGAAAAGGUAGCUGUAAAAACUAAAUGCCUGCUGGUUUUAGUAACUCAUUCCUUUCAUAUAAUAUACUGUAUGGUUGGUAAUUUGCCUUUGUGAGAAUAAGCGGUGUGGAAAAUUAAUGAAUGAAUACUGUAUGGUUGAUUAUGCUGUAAUGUAUGACUCAAGUUGUGAAUAUUACUUAACAUUGCAACAGAUGAAUCCUGUGCUUCAUUAAAUAAUUUUAUGCUGCAUUCUUGUUUUGCGGAGUAAAACUAAUAAAAAUAUG